UAUCCGGGUUGUGCUGCAUGCUAGUCAGCGUGUGCUGGUCUGACUAGGAAUCGCGUUUUCCUGCGAUUUCGUAAAUUUAAUGGCCAAAGACAAAUCACAACAGAAGCCUCCAAAGAGGAAGAAGCCGCCUCCAAUCGGCGAUGAGGUUUGUGUGGAGCAAACCAAAGACAGCAAGAGGAAGAAGUUAAAAGUUGAGGAGGCUCCAGUCCAAAUCCCAGACGCUGACCUCGCGGUGGAGGAAGGAAAAAAGACCAAAGUCAAGAAGCACAAAAAGAAACGAACAAAAGAGCAAACGGAGACGACAAUGGAGAUUCAGAUUUCAGAUCCUGCCGAGGCUCCCGCGGGGGAGGAGGAGGAGGAGGACUUGAGCCCGGAGGAAAGGCGGGUCUGGGAGAGGAAGAUGAAAAAGAUCCUGAAGAAGAAGAUGAAAGCUGAGGGGAUCGUCCCACCCCAAAACAAAGAGUCCGGGCCCACCGCGUCCCGGCAGGCCUUGGAUUACCUCACGUGCUGGGCUGACAAUCGCGAGGCGUGGAAGUUUCAGAAGACGCGGCAGACGUGGUUACUGCAAAACAUGUUUGAUUCCGAACAGAUUCGAGAUGAGAAGUUCUCGGUGCUGCUGCAGUACCUGGAGGGCCUCCGCGGGGGGUCGAGAGACACCACAGUUCAGAAGGCCCUCGUCCUGGUCCAAGAAUCGGGGCAAGCGCUCGAUGACGGAAAUGUCCAGAAGAGGGCGCACAGAGCCAGAGAAGUCAUCCAGAUGCUUACCUGAGCUCACGCUCGGACUUCUUUUCAUUUUAUCAUCAUGACGUCCACAAGGGGGGACUCUGUCAAGACCUUUCAAUUCCAUGAUGGCAUUUCACCUCAUUUAGAAAACUACAGGAGUACUUUUU